AUGACUGUUACAAAACGAAUCUAUCCAUUCGUCGUAUUAACAGCUAUUUUUGUAUUGUUACUGUUAUGUGUGUUGGAACGUGAAGUUUGGGCGCAAUUUGAGCCUGACAAAGAAUGCUUCUGCAAAUUACAAGGAGCCAUCAGUGACUGUCAGUGCACAACAGAAAGCAUCGAUGAUUUCAACAACUAUGAAGUCUAUCCCAUAUUGCAGAAGCUCCUAUCUCGUGAUUUUUUCAG